AUAGCUGCGACAGGACGGCAGAUAUUUCGGUCCUCAAGGUCUCUCUAGGAUAGCUGUAUACAACUAUUUAUGGUGGUCCUCAUUCAGUACAUAGCUAAAGGAUUUAAUUAAGGAAACAGCCUCCGGUGUAAUCUGUAUAAAUUAGUAAGUAGAUGUUUUUGGACACUAAAUUACGUUUUUUUAUUACUAUAAUACAUAAAUUUUGUGUUGUGUAUGAUGAGUAUGGUAGUCUUACAUCUUGCAACACUGCAUCGUCCGACUUCGUGACCUCUUAAAUAACAACCUAGAUGUAUCAGUUAGAUUGGACAGUUUCGGCAUUUGAAUGAAUUUAGUUGAAACAGUAUUGGUGUUCUUAACAAACGUGUGUAUGAACUAAUUAUCAAACGACAGAAUAUUUUUUUACUCAAGAAACUUAGGAAGUUUUACUGUUUUUAACUUUUGUAGAGGGAGUUAAAUACUAAGUUGUCAUACGAUUCUCAUUUAAUCAACAAUGAUGAUAAGUUUUGUGACCGUCAUGCAAAGACCCACUUCAAAUGGCCCUUAAUUCGUCAUAAAUCUGAAGAUAUUAGUACUUCAGGUUCUUUCAUUCAACCUGGGUACAAAUUCAGUUAUGAAACGGACUGUGAUGUUAAACAAAUCGAAUUUACAAAGCCAUCAGAUUUAAUCGCUCUCAGUGGUCUAGAUGGUCAGACACAGACAUUCAAUUUUAGUACAGCUUUUAAUUUUUCCCAAACAAAGUCUGUCGAUCAGGAUGCUAGUAAUAGCUACAAAACAAUUUUUACCUACUCCGAUCCUGUUACAAAUGUUAUAGAUUGUCAAUUAGACAUUUUUGAUUUUAUGGAUACUGGAUAUUCCAAAAAUGUAAACAGUCGAUUACAUUAUUCAUUCCUUGUCCUAUCAGCUUUAUUAUUGAUUAUAUUCUUUCCAUUCUUGUGUUGGUUUUAUGUGAAGCGUCUUGCGAAAAGUGAACGAAUCAUUGUAUUUCGACUCGGGAAACGAAUGAAAUCUAAAGGACCUGAGUACUAGUAUUUAUGAUGCUGCAUCAAAUAGACGCAAAAUCAUAGGAACUAGCAGUUUAAUUCGAUUCGCUUGAUGUUACUGCAUCCCGUGAACUGUAUGAUUUUAUUAUAAAGCUUCCACUGUGGUGCUACGUACUGCUUAUAUCUGAUUUCUCGUUCGCUACACCAUUAUCGUUCUAGACAAUAUUAUCAGCGCCCACUUCAAACAAAUAGUGGCCUCUUCCGAAUUACUCCACAAGUACGAAAUAGUUUUAUUUUCAUAACCUGGUAUAUGACUGACUUUCUCAUAGAUUUAUUUUAAUCCUAAUAUGCUUUUUCAUUCUUGUUUACUGUUGCGUUCGGUUAACUUUCGACUGAUUGAUUGACUGGCUUCUUCCUUACGGAUGAACAAAUUGGGUUUCCGUUGAUUUAAUUGUAAAUUGAGCCGAAUUUCAUGCUUCUAACAAUCUUGGCAUUGCCUUAUUUCAGAAAAAUAACAUUUUCCUGAUCAAAUAUUGUAUCAAUAGUUGAUUGCUUGUAUUUUUAUGAGUGAUAACGUAUGUUCCUUUUUUCCUACUGUAUACGAAGGUGAUAUCCACUACGUUUGAUAUAGUGAUUUCUCAUGUUUGUUUCUUUUAGUCUAUGCAAUGCAUUUGGUCGUAUUGCUUUAUUCUCACGUACUGGCAAAUUUUACAUAAAUUCAUAGCUUUAAUCUGACAAAUUAUCUUGUCGUUAUCAUUACUUUUAAUUCUUUUCCCUCCAGGUUGGGUAUUUCUGUUGCCUAUAUGUGAUCGUUACCACUUAAUUACUCUCGAUGAUCAACUAGUAAAAAUUAAACCUGUAUCUGGUGGUACAAAAGAUGAAGCUGUUGUAGAAGUGACAUGUUCAAUAGUAUUUUAUUUAUUAGAAUCAGAUUAUGCAUUUAGUAUAACUAACAAAAGCCCUUUGGAUAUUGUUACUACACAAACUCAAUUGUGUUUAUUAUCAGCAUUAACUCAUUUAGAAUGGUAUUAUUUAGAACAAGGUAAUGCAAAAAUUGACUUGGCUAAUGAAACAAAAGGCACAUUAAAUUCUCGUUGUGGUCCAUACGGCAUUCAUGUGAAAGAAGUUACUAUUGAUGGUUUAGUUCUACUCCGUCCGCCACCAUCGCAUAAUUCCAAGUCAAAUAUUGAACUGGUUACUAAACACUUGCAUCAAUUAUCAUGUGUAUUGCUGAAUAGUCGAGGUGAUAAACCGCUAAUAAAACCACCCACUAGUCAAUCGAAUGUAGAACAACAAAUAAUCAAUUUGUCUAAUGGUUCCGAACAAACUAAUUCAACAUCAAUGUCAUGUGAUACCACCGACAUAAUAUCAGACCCAGAAAUAACAACUACCACAAUAACUAAUGAAUCUAGUUCUGUUGAAACUACACCACUAAUAAAUAAAGUACAAAAACAGUAUAGUUUUAAGUCUUUAAAUACUCUGUCACAAUUACGCAUUUCACAUAAUUAUCCUGCUUUAUCGAAAGCAAUAACACGUGCUCAAGGUCUACUUAAUAGUAAUAUCGCUUGUCAAGCUCUUGAUUGUGCAUCAUUACAAUUAGUUAUAUCAAUGGAGAACAAAUUUGUCAAAGAUCAUUUACCAUUAUUGAAUUCAGUGGAAAAUCGAAAUUUUAUUCUACUUUAUUUGGAUGCUGGUACUGGAACUGUCGGUUCAGGUUGUCUACCAGUUGAUAAACAACCAGCAAAUGUUACACUUUUCAUACAUAUUGACGAUUUAACCGAUGUGGUAGAAGGUCGUUUAGAUGUAAUAAACGCAAUAAAAUCUGACAAAGCUUUCAUGACCGGUUCAUUAUCAGUGUUAUCAAAAAUGCGUCAUUUACUUUAUCUGCCUCCAGUUUAAGAAUAUGAUAAGCAUUAGUUACUAUUAGGCCAAAUGAUUGUGCAUUUCUUUUUCGACCAACAUUUACCCUGACCAAAUUUUUUUCUCUUAGUCGUUUUAAAUUAGUCAACUUUGUUCUUUUUCCUUUUUUAAAAAAAAAUUCGAAUCAUGUGUUUGUUAUUUAUUGUCUUAGUUCGAACCCGACAUUAUUUUACUUCAUAUUGAUUCAUAUUCAUUUGUUCUUUAUUGUCCUUAUUUCAUGUCAAAAAAAACAAAACAUUGUACUUUUUCUUAGGUCUCACACCUAAAUGGAAUGCAUUAUGUUAUUGGGUGUUUUAUUUCGUUUCAGUAGUCAAAACGCAUUUCAAUCAUGAACAUUUUCAUCAUUUAUUAAUUGCUUAUUCUAGUUCGGCAAUUUUUAUGCGAAUAAUAUACAUAUAUAUGUAUUUUAAUAUCAUUUUACAUAUAAGCUGAUCUCUCGUUAUUAUAGUUAUCUUUGUUGGCAUUAUUGAAUUUCAUUACAAUAAUAAUUGGAAUUGAAUCACAAAUAAACUUAUAUG